AUGACCCUAAGUAAGACAUCAGGUUUGGUAAAGAUAAAUGGUAAAACAUCAAAGGAGUUCCAGAUAAAAUCGGUACUCAGACAAGGAGAUCCUCUCUCAACAGUUCUAUUUAAUUUAGUUCUGGAAAAAAUUAUAAGAGAUAGCAGAAUUAACAGAAAUGGAUCUUUAUUUUCUAGAAACCAUCAAUGCUUAGCAUAUGCAGAUGAUGUGGUUUUAAUGGCACGAACUAAGGGAGAACUACAGAGGAUAGCAGCGAAUCUUAUAAACAUGGCAGAGAAAAUGGGACUUAGGGUAAACUACGAAAAGAGUAAAUACAUGAAUAUAGAAAGAGGAAAGAACACACAAGAGAUGGAAGCACUAAUAGUUCAAACAAUUAACGGUGUAAAUAUUAGUUUUGAGGAGGUGGAGAGCUAUAUGUAUCUAGGAGUUCUAAUAAACAAUAAAGGCGACGAAGAAGAAGAAAUUAACCUAAGAGAAUUAUCCCUAAAAGUAAAAAUAAGAAUGUAUAAAACCAUUAUAAGACCUACUGUAUUAUAUGCAUGCGAAACAUCUGUAUUAAAUAGGAGCAAUCAAAUUAAACUGGAGAUAUGGGAAAGAAAAAUUCUACGCAGAAUAUUUGGAGGAAAAAAAGUCGAAGAGGGGUGGAUAAGGCGAACAAACGCCGAAAUUUAUGACAUUUAUAAGGAACCCAUAAUAACUGAAGUGGUUAAGUCAAGAAGGAUACAAUGGCUAGGGCACUUGGAAAGAAUGGAUGACCAUAGGCUGGUCAAAGGUAUUGGAAACAAAAUGGCAGAAGGAAAAAGGAGAAAAGGAAGACCAAGGAAAAAAUGGAUGGAAGAAGUAUUAAAGGACCUAAAAGAAAAGAAGAUUGUCGGAUGGAAAACAAAGGCGAAGGACAGGAAAAAACCUAAAGGAAUGUAUAACUAGAUGUUUCUCCAAAUUUUCUAUAGUAAAAUUAUGUCAUCUGUCUGUUAAAAUGUUUUUGUAUGCAGAGAAACUUCGCUCCACAUCCACACUGGUUAUUG